AUGUCCGAAGAGGUUUUUAACGAUCCUAUCCACGGUAAUAUAGAGUUACAUCCCUUGUUGGUGAAGAUAGUUGACACACCGCAAUUUCAACGUCUUAGAUUCAUAAAGCAACUCGGUGGCGUUUAUUUCGUGUACCCCGGGGCAUCACAUAACAGGUUCGAGCACUCCAUCGGCGUCUGCCACCUGGCCGGACGAUUUUUACGAGCACUAAAGGAUAGGCAACCAAACCUUGAGAUUUCAUCUGAAGAUAUACUUUGUGUUGAGAUCGCAGCCUUGUGUCAUGACAUUGGACACGGACCGUUUUCUCAUCUCUUUGAUAAGAGAAUUAUUCCUGAAAUUUUGGAAAAGCGUAAGAAGGAGAACCAGCAAAUGCCUUCCACGGUAAGGUCAUUAAGAGAUGAAUAA